UUCCGUUUUAGUCACUGGGCGAGAGAUGGCUCUGAAGCGUAUCAACAAGGAACUGCAGGACCUCGGGAAGGACCCGCCGGCCAACUGCUCGGCCGGCCCCGUCGGCGACGACCUCUUCCAUUGGCAGGCGACCAUCAUGGGCCCGGAAGACUCGCCGUAUGCGGGCGGCGUCUACUUUCUCAACAUCCACUUCCCGGCAGAUUACCCGUUCAAGCCGCCGAAAGUCAACUUCACGACGCGCAUCUACCACUGCAACAUCAACGCCAACGGUGGCAUCUGCUUAGACAUCCUCAAGGACCAGUGGAGCCCCGCGCUCACGAUCUCGAAGGUCCUCCUCUCGAUUUGCUCGCUGCUCACGGACGCCAACCCCGACGACCCGCUCGUGCCCGAAAUUGCGCAGAUUUAUAGAACCGACCGCGCCCGCCAUGACGGCACGGCACGGGAGUGGACGGCCAAGUACGCCAUGUAAUCCUGCGCUGCUACACCUGGAGAUGCAACCACUGCCAUGCCCCAUGACGGCCUGUACGGUCUAACGAUGAUGUUAAUGGGAGUGCUUUGAACUCCAGCAACAUGGACA